GGUGCUGUUCCUGAUGGAGGCUGAUCUUCAGCAGCAGGGUUGAAAGCAGCAGCACCGUUUCAAAGGGAAUACAAGGACCCACGGGCAUGUGGGUGACCCUGGCUGAACUGGGGUGAGUGAGGAGCUGGGAGAGCAAGCAGGGGUGGGCUUGAGGGCCUUGAUGCCAUGAGUCCCCUUCACCAUGAACCUGGAAGGCCUGGAGAUGAUUGCCGUGUUGGUGGUUCUGGUCCUCUUCGUCAAGGUGCUGGAGCAGUUUGGACUCUUUGAGCCGGUCUCCUUGGAAGACAGUGUAGAGGAUGAGUUUGAGCUCUCCACUGUUUGUCAUCGGCCCGAGGGCCUGGAUCAGCUGCAGGAGCAAACCAAGUUCACCCGCAAGGAGCUGCAGGUCUUGUACCGAGGCUUCAAGAAUGAGUGCCCUAGUGGCAUUGUUAAUGAAGAGAGCUUCAAGCAGAUCUACUCACAAUUCUUCCCACAGGGAGAUUCCAGUACAUAUGCAACUUUCCUUUUCAACGCAUUUGACACUGACCAUGAUGGCUCAGUCAGUUUUGAGGAUUUUGUGGCUGGCUUAUCCAUUAUUCUACGUGGUACUAUAGAUGAUCGGCUCAACUGGGCCUUCAACCUCUAUGACCUGAACAAAGAUGGCUGUAUCACCAAAGAGGAAAUGCUGGACAUAAUGAAAUCCAUUUAUGACAUGAUGGGCAAAUACACUUACCCAGCCAUGCGAGAAGAAGCACCUCAGGAGCAUGUGGAAAACUUUUUCCAGAAAAUGGAUCGGAACAAGGAUGGAGUGGUGACUAUUGAGGAAUUCAUUGAGUCCUGCCAGAAGGAUGAAAACAUCAUGAGUUCCAUGAAGCUCUUUGACAAUGUGAUCUAGCUGGCCACUCCUGGAGCCCAGACCUUCACACACACUCCUGGGGCUUCUCUUCUUGGUGUAUCCCUCUGAGGCAUUCUUCUCUUGGCUGUAUGGACAAAGCAGCCCCUUGUCCAUGCUGGACUGGGAGACAUUUGUGGAGACCAUGUAUUCGAGAUGCAACUGGGGGAAAGUCCCUGCAAUGGGAACCACGGGGGUGGGAGGGAGCCUUUGGCUGGGUUGGACCAAGGCCCAGCAGGGGAAACAGCCUGACAUCCACAAGCACUUCUUCUGGGCAUUGAAAAGAAGGGGGGGGGAACCGGAUUAACCUGCUGCCUCCCCUAGGAAGCUGCACUGCCCUGUCACCAAGUAGUAUGCCCACCAUUUAGGGCCUUCCAAAUCACAGCAACCCCCGACCCUUCACUGGGGUUCCAAGCAGGUUCCACACCACCAAACGGCAGUGCAACCGCUGAUUGCCAAGGACUUUAAAAGGAUUUUGUGUGUGUGCAAUCUUACCCACUGCCUAUAGGGAGUGGACUCCAUCUAAUUACACCAAGGCUCUCACUGCAAUUCCCUGAAGCUUCCAGUUGGGAGAUAAAUUUCCCAGUGUCAAGGUAACUUGCCAUCCUGGCACUAAACUCUGGGUGAGAGCUGAGGCAAAGAAAUAGAGAGUGAGUGGGAUUUUGCUUUGUGGUUUCUUUCCUUUACAUCGUCAACAGGGAAGGAAAACUGUGUGCCAUUCAUGAGAGGCAGGUACAACACAACCUUUAGCUUUCAUUUACAAAUCAGGAGGGAGGGCUGAAUUAUGCUUGGAUUCCCAUGGCAAGAAAGUACACUAAGCUUGAUCAGAUCUUUUCCUUGCAUCUCUCCCCCCCCCCAUAUAAACUGUCAUGAAAACAGGGGUAGAAGUGGUGAGGACAUGUCACUAGAAAUGUUUAAGUGAGGAUGGAAUCUCUGUGGUCUCACUGGGCUGAGUCUCUAUGUAGCCUGAGAUAAUGAUAAUAAUACUAUCUGUUACGCAGCUCCAACAACUGAGGGCCAUACAGAAAGUAGGUGUCAAGAGCUCAGACAUCCUUCAGUGAGAAGAAACUCAGGGUUCAGCUAAGGUUUACGGGUGACAGUCUGGAAUCAGCCAAGGGUAUGCUUUGACCUUGAGCCAAGUUCACUGAAAGAUAAAAACAUGACAUAGCUCCUUGACUUACAGUGAUAAUGGUGAAUGGAAGAGGUGGAAGAGGGCAUGUGUGAGAGUAGGUAAAAGAAAAUCCUAGGAAUCUCAUUAGAGGGUGGGGAGAGCUUUGCUGUUUCUUCCCUGUGCCAACUAUCUCUUUAGCUGCUGCUCAUCUCUCUGUGAUGCUUACCCGCUUUUCAUGUUUUAUUACAAAUAAGCCCUUGGGUCAUUCAGAAGCAGAAACAGUAUGGGCAACCGGCAUCUUCAGAGUGUUUAUGAAUCUCCAACAGAGUGCCAGGUUCUGCACAGAGCACAGCAGCAACACUGCACAGAUCACACUAGCUGGCCAGGACAAGGAUACUGUAAUGGGUCAGAGAUUCAUAAUGAGCAACGGGAGUGGACUAGCCAGAGGAGCUGAAAAUGUAGGUCUUGUGGAAGAGCUUAAAUUGGAAUAAAGAAGCUGUUUGAUGCAUGGAGGUAAGAGUGGCAUGGCAAGGUAGGAGACGAAAACUGAUGAAAGAGGAGUUGCGUAAACUGCAGAGGCCAACGUGGAAUGUAAACAAAGACAAAGAAAGAGAAACUGCCUGUAACAGAGAUAUGAAGGGCUUAAGAAGAACUAGAAUCUUGAAGCUGAUUCUAGUAUGACAAGACCACUCAGAUUAAGGUGAAGUAUAGGGAAGAGACAAGGAUGAUACUGAAUAGGUUUAGGGGUUUUUUGGCCAUACAAACAGGUACUGUAUCCCAACGAAGGCAGAAAAGUGAUGAAAGAGUUAGCGAGCCAGAGGCUGAAGUACUCAACAGCAGGCAAUAUCCUAGCAUCCCCUGCAGUACACAAGCUAGUUCUACCAAUGUUCUUAAUAUCUUAUCCACAGCCCUAGUUUUAUCCCAGCACUUAACGCCUCUCAGGCUCAUCUCAGUUGUUAUUCCUGCAUCCUAACAACCAACCCUAUACUUUAGCUCCCAUCUCAGACUACAGUUGCAAUCUUGAGUAGGCACUUGGCAGUCUAGAGCAAGAUUCAAAGACCCACAGAAAUGAGAUUCUUUGUUCUGUGGUCUGAAAGUGAAAUGUAUCAUUCAAGAGUGUAUGAAGGACAGGAAUUGGAACUGGCCAGCUCAGGAUUUUUAGCUAUGCAAACAGACUUCCAUGUGCACUGGAGCCCAGCUUUGGCUCUUCUCCUUCCUGAGGCUGCCAUUUCAGUUCUUGCCAACCCAUCAUGCCAGCACUUAAGGGUCCCUCUUUGUGUAGUUCAGAUGUGUUUUCUGCUAAGGGUCACAGCUGGGAUCAAAUUUUGGAGAUUGGGAACAGUUUGGCAUCUACAGGGUGGUUAUUUUUAUUUAAAUUUGUACAAUGCCUGGACCCAUAACCACACUAUGUUUUUAAAGUUCCUUUACCUUGGCUUAGUUUCUCCUCCCCAUGCCUCCAAAUUAUUUUAACAAUCCCAUUCCUGUAUAACCCUCCCCAAGCCAGUCCCUUCCACACAUGUAUUCUCUUCAAUGAAACAAUUUCUAACCACAAACAUCCUCCUACCAUCUUGCACUCCCAUCUUCCAUCCAAGAAAGCCUGUUUCUGUGCACAACACAACAGUUUCCUUUCUCCUGCAUCUCUCCCAUCCUCAUUCCUCACCAGUACCCUCCUAUCUGAAUUUUCUCAAACGUAAGGGUUUACACUAGUGUUUCUUACCCCUUAAGGCCUAUAGGAGAAGCUGGAGUACUCAUAACCAGUCGGAAUAGUGUAAUAGUGCUCUGCUACCCUGCAAUUGCUCACAGGGCAGCUUCCAGUAUAAAAGUUGCCUACUGUGGUAUAUGUGUAUGUGACAUCGGAGCAUGUUCUAAUUGCCAUCCUGAAAUCAUUGAUAUGGCCACAAUGUGUAUGGUAGAUCACUUUCCCUUGUAUAGAAAAUUCCCAUGCUGCCAUUGCUAGGAAUAUCUUGUGGUGAUGUAGAAACUUCACACACAUCCGGGGAAACCCACACUUUAUGUUCACUGCAUGAAGCAGAUAUCAUGUGGAGGCCAUAAUAUUUAAACUGGUUCUGUUAGCUGUGGAUGCAUUGCAAGCCACAUAACUGACAGCUGGCCACUGCUGAGGGAACUACCCUCAGCAAAGAUUAACAAGUACCUGGCUGGUAUGCAAAGUUAACACUACCCUUAUAACACUGCCACUUCAAAGUGUGUCUAAAGCAGCCCUGUGCUUUUCCGGAUGGGUCUUUAUGCUGGAACACUCUAGCAGAAGUGAUUGUCUCACUUUACUAAGAACCCAGAGUUGUUAUUCAGGAACAGAGGUGACAAUUCCAAGGCCUUCCUGGUUACAAGCAAGUCAGGGUGGAAAGUGCUGUAAUCAGAACUGGGAAUCACAAUUAGUCCAGACUCAAGACUGUCCUGCUCUCAGAUACAGGUUGGCUUCGGAGGCUGCAUUUUCAAGAAGGGCCAAUAGCAUAUUUCCUCAUAUUGUCAGCUACCAAAUAAAGAUGAGUGUUGGUGAGCCCAAGCAAAUUAUAAAAGGAGGUGCUUUAUACCGUGUUAGGCCAAUUAGCCAUCCAGCCUGAUAACGGUCUGUCUUUUCCAGGUUUUAGGCAGAAUUCCUUGCUUCCAGAGAUAGUUGCAUUCAAGAUUAGCCUUCAAAAUGCAGCUGCGGCACACUCCCAUGAAAUGUUGAUAGCCUUUCCCACUUUUCGCUGUGUCUGUUAUCAGAUACAGCCAUGGGUCCAUUGGAAACUAUGGUGGGAAAUUGAGAGUAAAGAAAUGCCACAUAGAUUACCUCCUCAUACACAGUGAUCUUCCACCAGCCCAGGCCAGAUAUAAUCACCUUUAAAAAGGGCUUUUAUUCCCUUUCUGACAAAGUACUUCACUAUUCCAGGGGAUUUUGCAUUUGAGAAGUAUGUCUUAGGCUGCAUACUCAACAUCACUUCUAAUACAGAGAAUUUGUACUUCUGACACUCUUUAAUUAAACUGUCACAUUCGUAGUAAGGGUGGUCAGAGUGAGAAGAUGGUGAAUUUGCCCACCAUCACUCUUUCAAUGCAUGUUUAUGGGUCAAGUGGGCAUUACAGAAACCAGGUUAUUCUAAAAUAAUGAACAUAAAGUAGGAGGAUAUGACCUUUUCAUUCGGCGUUACAUUGGUUCUAUUUGGAUCAUUUUCUGAUUUUGCAAAGCCCAUAUCCUGACCCGACACUCAUCUCCUUGCAGAUUGUUCUUUUGUUUGAAACAUCUUCAUCCUGUCUGUUGAUACUCCUAACCUGAUGGCAAUCCCAAUGUGGGUGGGGCUACUGCUCCACUCUUCACCUAUACGCCAGCUGCAUAUUUCUACCUGUGCUCUCACUACAAUCACUAAAUCAGGGCCAGAUGGCCCAUUCCCACUGCACUAGUGGGGCACAUUGAGCUCUGCUAUCAGCUUUGCAUUUUCAACUCUGUAUAUUUUGUAUAAUAAUAAAG